UGUAAAUGUAGAUAUCUGCCUCAUGGCCUAGUGCACGGUUGCAUGAACCACAAUGCUGCAGAAAACGGAGCGGCUGCAUCUGCAUGUUUCCAGGAGGCAGUGAAUGAACACAAAUGCCAGUCUCAGUGUGGCUGCCGUGUCUUUCAUCCCUCUUUCCUGUUUCUGCCAUCUGAUCAAGCUUCUGAGACUGAGACAUGGAGGGUGUGGUGGCCAUUGCGAGGGUGCGCUUUAAGUUUUUCUAAUGGGAUGACACAGUCAUACUUUGCAGACAAUUUGUUAAUUUAUGUGCUUCUAUCGCUAUAUAGAUCCGUCCAGUCAGGUUGCCUGUGUUAUUGUUUUCAGUACAUGGGUGAGAGAGAGAUAUGUCCGUGCAUAGAGAACUAGUGAUCCUUAAGAGUCGGCAGGCACCCCUUUUUUUCCUUUUUAAGGGAAAGAGGACAUGUUAGGUGGGCAACCAUUUCUACAGGUAUGGUGAUACUGACCCGAUGUAACAUUAGUCUUCCGGGAAAGCAUGGUCAUGUUAGUAAGGCACAGCAUGUUAACAGUUGGUAGAGUAUAUGUUUAAUUUUGCACCACUCAUGUACAUGGAGAUCCAUGGUUUGAAAUGUUUACAGAUUAACUGAAGCAUAUGUGGAAAAUGCAACAUCAUACGCUCAUCUCAUACUUAUCACUGUAAUGCAGAAUGAGUGAGAGCGUGAGGCUUCUUGCUGCUAGAAGUCCUAAUUGGCGUAGGCAUUUGAUGGCCAGUAUAUUUGAAGUGCCUUACUUUCUGGACCAUUCCUCUGGAUCAAUCUUCAUGGGGACAGGAUGAUAGAAUUGUCUACAUUAACUAUGCCUGGGCCAACAAACUGUAGUUGAUGCUCUGUUUCUUAAAGAAAAAUAUAUUUGGUUUUGUAUCAUUUGAUAGAAGUGACUAUUCACUCCAACUUUUGUUGGUUGGUACUAAUUGUACCACUCUAAUAAUUGAGAAAAUGCCAGGUUCUUUUCAGAAGAGAAGCGAAGGAUAGAAUCUCACUAUCAACGCAUAACAUCAGCAAUGAUAGUUCUUUUCAGAUGUCAUUUUACCCUCUUUUUUCUUUUUUUCUCCCACAAAACGAUUGAGGCACCGGUGUGCCAGUUUCACGAGAAGGCUUUCCCUAGGCGGGAUUUGAAAUUCUAGCAUUUGCUGGUUGCAGUAUUUGAUGAUCUAUUCCACAAAAUUCACACUCACAUUGAGGUAAUUUGAUACCACAAAAGGCCCAAAACCUUGAACAAUCAGUAAAAAUAGGAUUAGAAACGAACGGGCGUGACCAGACUCACCAGUGGGCAGGUUACCUAUUCCUUGGCUCCAGUGAACUCCUUCCUUUAUUGGCCAAACAGAUCCAUCGAGUCUGCUGACGACCGACGACCGAGCCGGACCCGAUGGCGAGCGGCGCUUACCCCGUGCAGUUCCUCCACCUCCCCGGCGGCGGCGGCCAAUGGCGCAACCUCGGCGCCGCCUACGCCGCCGUGAGGUUCCUCUGCCCGCAGGGUCAGUCCCUGGUCCUGUACGCCGCGGACCCCGACGGUCAGCCGCAGCGCAUCGUGUUCGUGUACCCGAUCCUCCCGGGCGACGCCUUCGAGAGGCUGGACGGCGCGACGCUCUCGUGGGCGGAGCCCGAGUCCGGGAACGAGUUCGCGCUCUGCUUCCUCGACGACGCCGCGUGCGGGGCCGUCUGCGGCGCCAUCGCCCCGGUGGUGAGGAGCCCGGCGGUCGACGGCAUCGCGGACACCCUGGCGGGGCUCCGCGUGGCGAGGGAGGAGGACGCGCCGGCGCCCGGUGGAGGGGACAUCGCCGCGCGGCUCGCGCAGCUUAGCAUCGCCCGGCCGUGAACUGAAAUCAUGGCGGAAAAGGGCUACCGGCAAUUUUCUCGCUGAUAGAGACUUUGAGCUCGGUUUCAGUUUCAGUUAGGCCGUCGUCGUCUUCAGUCUUUGUCGACGCGAUUCAGCUGCCUGUUUAAGCUGUACACCGCGGUAGUAUCUGCUAAAUCUGAUGGGAAUCAAUAAUGGCAAUGAUCUUCUCUCA